AUGGAGAUCAAAUCGAUCAAAUCUCAAACCUUUAUUGCUUUCUCAUUCAUAAUUCUCUUCUUCGUAGCUUCUGCUUCUGCUCAAGCCCUCAGACAGAACUUCUACCAAAACGUAUGCCCCAACGUGGAGUCACUCGUCCGCUCCGCCGUCCAAAAGAAGUUCCAGCAAACCUUUGUCACCGCCCCUGCAACUCUCCGCCUCUUCUUCCAUGAUUGCUUUGUCCGGGGAUGUGAUGCGUCAGUAUUGAUAGCAUCAGGUAAUAAUCAGGCCGAGAAAGAUCACCCGGAUGAUAUAUCACUUGCGGGAGACGGAUUUGACACGGUCAUCAAGGCCAAGGCUGCGGUUGAUAGUGAUCCAAAGUGCAGAAACAAAGUUUCUUGUGCUGAUAUUUUAGCUUUAGCUACCAGAGAUGUUGUUGCAUUGGCAGGAGGACCAUCUUAUAAAGUUGAAUUGGGGAGACGAGAUGGAAGGAUAUCUACCAUAGCCAGUGUUCAACACAACCUUCCUCGACCUGACUUCAGCUUAGACCAACUAAAUAACAUGUUUGCUCGUCACGGUCUCACCCAACCCGACAUGAUUGCCUUAUCAGGUGCACACACAAUUGGAUUCUCUCAUUGUAGCAAAUUCUCAAAGAGAAUUUACAACUUCAAUCCUAAAAGUCGAAUUGAUCCAACAUUAAAUCGUAAUUAUGUCUUUCAACUCAGACAGAUGUGCCCCUUAAGAGUUGACUCGAGAAUUGCUAUCAAUAUGGAUCCAACCACACCUCAAACAUUUGAUAAUGCUUAUUACAAGAACCUUCAGCAAGGAAGAGGACUCUUUGUGUCUGAUCAAGUAUUAUUUUCUGACCAAAGAUCCAGAGGCACUGUUAAUCUCUUUGCAUCAAACAAUACAGCCUUCAUAAAAGCUUUUGUCAUAGCAAUAACGAAGCUUGGUCGUGUUGGAGUUAAGACGGGAAGACAAGGUGAAAUCAGAAUAGAUUGUACACGUCCAAACUAG